AACUCCAUCAUUUAGUGGUGUUCGAAACGUCGAUGUGUGUGGAAGUGAAGUUUAACUUGUCUAACAUACUUAUCUCAAUAAAAUAACAAUAACCAAGUAACAAAAGUACAAUCUCUUGUUUCAACGUGCUUGAAUAGACAUUUUACGUGACAUUCGUUGUUCAAAUAGAAACAAAAAUGUGUGAUAAUAACAAUCCUUCGACCCAAAGUAUAGCGGACUACUUAGCUCAGUUGCUCAAAGACAGGAAGCAACUGGCCGCGUUCCCGAAUGUUUUCAUGCACAUGGAACGACUUUUGGAUGAAGAAAUAGCAAAAGUACGAGCGAGUCUAUUCCAAAUAAAUGGCGUUAAAAAGGAACCACUUAUUCUACCAGAAGCAGAAGGCAUGGUCACAACACUCACAGAAAAAGUAUACGUGCCGGUCAAAGAACAUCCAGAUUUCAACUUCGUUGGAAGGAUUCUGGGGCCCAGAGGUAUGACAGCUAAGCAGCUAGAACAGGAGACAGGCUGCAAAAUCAUGGUCAGAGGCAAGGGAUCCAUGAGAGACAAGAAGAAGGUGAGCAUUACUGAGGACGCGAAUAGGGGUAAGCCCAACUGGGAGCACCUGGCGGACGAUCUGCACGUGCUGCUGACCGUGGAGGACACCGAGAACAGGGCCAAGCUGAAGCUCGCCAGGGCCGUCGAGGAGGUUAAGCGUCUACUUAUUCCCCAAGCGGACGGCGAAGACGAAUUGAAGAAACGCCAGUUAAUGGAAUUGGCCAUCAUCAACGGCACCUACCGCGACUCCAGCGCGAAAGCCGUCGUGCCUGUCAACGGUCAGUGCCUCAUAAGUGACUCCACAGCGGACGAGGAAUGGCGUCGCGUUGCCGCCGCCGCGGCCGAGACGCAACGACUGUUGGCGCCAGGAGGUGGCGUGGGCGGCGUCGCUCUACGCACGCAGGCCCCACUCGGGGCCCCCCUGAUUCUGUCCCCGAGGAUGUCCGCGGGCCACGGCGGCCAGGCCGGCCUGCUCAACGGCACCGGCGCAGGCGCCGCGGCCGGCCUGCUGUCCCCGGGCGAACCGGCGCACCAGCUCAUCUACGCGUCCCCCUACGCCGACUAUGCUAACUACGCGGCCCUCACCGCCGCCGCCGCCAACCCGUUACUCACUGCGGAGUACGCCACUACUGACCAUACGGCGUCGAGAUACCUACUUGCUGGCUUUUGACAUUGGCCGCAAACGCAUCAUCAGUCCGCCAUAAGAUACGACCGCCACCACACGACGUAUCGACCUCCGCAUCAUUAUUGACGUCCUUUGUAAACAAACACCACUUGCCCCCAGGACGCACUCUUACAGUCAUUUAAAAGCCAUGAUCAAUCUAGGUUAAGAUAUCUGUUAAGUAAAACACUACAACACAAUUAUUUUGUACCUACGAUGAUGUUAUAACUAUGUCAAGUUUUGAAAGCUUUGUUUCUUCGACGGCUGUUUGUAUUUUUCAUAUUUGGAAAAGCAGAGAUAUUUAUUUAUGUACAUUAUAAAGGUUUUUUAAAUACCUAUUUACAAAUUAAUAUAUUUCAAUUAUUUAUUAUUUACUUCUUUUACAUACUCUUCUUGUUAGGAUAGGUGGAUGGCAGAUGACGUAACUGUUUUAAAAAUAGACAAUACUUAAUUUUACUGAUAAGUUGAACUGCCAACAAUAAUCUUAUUAGUUACCGAUGUAUCUUAACAAAGAAGUAGAGUUUUUAUAUUUAUUUCGUUAUAUUUUUUUACAAUGAUAGUCAUAAUAAAACCCGUCAUUGUAUCAUCUUGUGAUAACCCUUGCUUGUAACACCACUAAUCAAUUAUAUUAACAUACUGUAAUGUUAAUACGUAUCCAAUUCUCUUUGACUUUUUAGACUACUACUAAUAUGUAAGUGUUUAUAGGUAUAAGUUAACGCUAUCUCUACUGAGCUCGUUCACUUACCUGUACUAACAAUGGCAUUCUGUUAAACAAAAGCCAUUAUUUCUUUUGUCUGAGCGCGUAGCCUUUGUCCUUGGGCGCGUGGCCAUUGUGUGUGAGCCUCAGGCACAAAAGCCACGCGCUCACACAAAAGAAAUAAUGGCUGUUCGUGACUAGGCGCUGCGUAUUUUGAAAAUUCGACUUUUUCUUGGAUGGUGAAAUAAAAUCCGAAAUUUAACGUGCUUACUCUUAUAAUUCUAAAUGCUUAAUCUACGUGUACAUGAUUCGAGGAUAUUGGGGUAGAGGGGAACAAUAUGUCGUGACGUAGGGUGACGAAAGCGUAUCUCGGGCUCCGUAUUGGCCGCGAUAGGUAUCACGCGACAUACGCAACUGCGUCUCUCCGACAAGGCGACAAGAGAUGUCGCUGUGAGUCUCGUACGGAACAUGCCCCCGGCCUUGAAAGAUCUGGCUUUCAAGAGGAUUCUUGAGCGUCUCUCCUCUCUUCAUCUGGCUGAGACACCAAGGGGCAGAUUUUGGUGUAAGCGCGUCUUAUGGUGCCUGAUGCAGUAUGGAUGUCUGCCACUCUUGACACUCCGUCUCGCCCAGGGAUAGUCUUGACGACACGUCCUAAAUGCCAUUUUAGCGGAGGCAGAUUGUCGUCCUUUAUGAGAACCAGUGUGUUCGGCUUCAGGUCUUCGCAGUGGCUCCUCCACUUGGAUCGCGUCUGUAAUUCGGAGACGUACUCCUUGGACCAGCGGGCCCAGAAAUGCUGCCUAAUCUUCUCCACCAUCUGGUACCGGUUGAGUCGAUGAGCAGGCGCGUGCUGAAGGUCCUCUGAGGCGGGCGACGUCAAAGUGCGACCGACGAGAAAGUGCGCAGGGCUCAGAGGAAGAAGAUCGUGCGGAUCCGAUGACAUGGCGUAUAAAGGACGGGAAUUUAGGGCCGCCUCAAUUUGAUUUAAUGCCGUGCUAAAUUCCUCGAACGUGAGGUGAGCGUUACCAAUAACACGGCGUAAAUGAAACUUACAUGAUUUUACUCCAGCUUCCCAUAGGGAACCAAAAUGGGGUGCGUAAGGUGGAAUAAAAUGAAAUUUAAUAUUACAACUAGUAGCGUAAUCUGUGAUGUCGGGACUACAUUGCGAUAAAAACUUGGCAAAGUCGUGCAUCAAACCCACAAAGUUCCUGCCAUUAUCUGAGUAUAUUUCGUUAGGCUUUCCGCGUCUCGCUAUAAAGCGUUUGAGAGCUAGAAGGUAAGCAUAGGCAGUCAGAUCGCUGACAAGCUCUAAGUGGAUGGCUCGCGUGACGAAACAUACAAACAAGCAAAUAUAUGCCUUCACAGUUUGAGCACCUCUGCCUUUGCGGUUCAAUAUGAAAACUGGCCCUGCAUAGUCCACGCCGCAAGUUAAAAAAGGAUAUGUAGGCGUAAUUCUCUCUUCGGGUAGGUUUCCCAUAAAAGGAGUAAGGGUUUUCCCUCUUAAUCGCUUACAAACAACACAGUCAUAAAAAAUCUUUCGCGCUAGAUUCCUACCACCUAGUGGCCACCAAGCAUCAUGCAGUUCAAAAAGAAGGGCUUGAGGCGCAGCGUGUAGAAGUUUUUUAUGUUCGUGGCGAAAUAAUAAAAGCGCAAAGUGAUGUUUGCUUGUUAUUAAAAUCGGGUGCCUUUUUUCGUAAGCAAAGUAUUGCGAAUAACCAAUGCGACCGCCGACUCGCAUAACGCGAUCUUCAUCGAUAAACAAGUUUAAUUUACUUAAAUUAUGCUUAGUUUUAAUUGUUUGUUUAUUAGUCAAUAGCUUGUACUCAUCUGGAAACGAUUCCAGUUGAGACAGCCUGACUAAUAAAUUUGUUGAUUCCCGCAGUUCCUCGACGCUAAUACUGCCCGUACGCUUAUUAUUCUUAUUGCGUGCGUUAUGAAUAAAACGUAAAACAUAAGCAGCGGUGUGUAUCAUGCGCGAGAACUGAGAAAACCGCUCGAAAGGAAAUAAUGCCGCUUGUGUGGUAGCGGUAAGCGCUAAAUCUAUGUUAGAUUUAACCUCCGGCAGUAUGUCGUGCGCAUCAUUCGAACUUGGUAAUUUUGGCAUGUUUUUAGGGUCAAAAUUAACAUCCUGCAGAAAUUCAGGUCCUUCCCACCAUAAACUGGAUCCAGCUAGGUCUUCCAAUCGAACGCCUCUCGAAACUAAGUCGGCUGGAUUAAUUUUACCGCUGACGUGGCGCCAUGGAAGCCCUUUGGUUAGUUCAUGGAUCUCAGUGACUCGAUUCUGCACAAAAGUUUUUAAUAAGUUAGGUGCCAUGCGCAACCACCCUAAAACGCAAGUCGAAUCGGAAUAAAAAACGACGUCAUCAAACUUGCAAUGAAAACUAUUUAUGACCUUGUCAUAUAAUUUAGCGCCUAGAAGUGCGCUGCAAAGUUCCAGACGGGGCGUACUAAGGGAUUUAAUUGGACUUAAUUUCCCUUUCGAACAUAACAAUCGUGAGCAUACUUCAUCAUCAUCAUUUAUUGUGCGAAUAUAAAUGCAAGUGCCGUAAGCAACCUGUGACGCGUCUGUAAAGAUAUGCAUUUCUAUGCGCGUAUAAUUACUGCUACCUAUUACAUAACGCGGCACUCGGAUAGUACUUAGAGCAACUGAUAACGAUUUAGUAAAAUCAUUCCAGGUGCGCAUGACGUCAGAAGGUACUUCAUCGUCCCAAUCGAGUUUAAGAAGCCAUAAACGCUUGAGUAAGACCUUGGCGAGCAUAAUUGUUGGACUUAAUAAACCUAAGGGAUCAUAAAUUUGCGAGAUAUGUGAUAAAAUAAUACGUUUGGUUACUUUAUCAUUGGGUUUCAUUAAAUCAAGUUGCGAGUUAAAAUAAAAUUGAUCAUAGUAAUUAUUCCAACCUAUGCCCAACGUCUUUGAAUUGCAGUCUUUAUCGAACGUUAAUUUAGUUUGCGCGUCAGACAGUAGUGCGAAAUUAGACUCUAACGACGGCUCGCUAAAGUUGAAUACCCACUUUCGUAACGGAAAACAACCCGAUUGCAAUGUUCGCGCGGUUUCAUUGCAUAAUCGUAACAAUUGAAGUUUAUCCUGUGACCCAGUUAUCAUGUCGUCUACGUAAAAAUCUUCGUUAAUUAUUCUUUUAAUGUCGGGAUCGGUGCAUUCAGUGGCUAACUGUUUUAAACAACGGACACUUAAGAAAGCCGCCGACGCCAUACCGUAAGUGACACGAUUUAAGCGAUAAAUUUGUAUCGGUUCGUCGGGGCUGUCGCGCCAAAGGAUCAGUUGAAGGUCACGUUGAUUUUCUGCCAUUAGUACCUGACGAUACAUUUUAGCUACGUCCGCGCAUGCCACGUAACGAUGCUGCCUAAAGCAUAAAAGAAUCGACAGAAGGUCGCCCUGGAUCGCGGGACCUACCAUUUGAAUGUCGUUCAAAGACGUACCCGUACUAGAUGCCGCACUAGCAUCGAAAACUGCCCUUAAACGUGUGGUUGUAGAUUCACGAAAAACUCCAUGAUGUGGCAAAAAGAAAUGCGGUGAGUUAUAUGACGUCACUUUACUCAUGUGCCCUAAAUCGAGGUACUCAUGCAUAAAGUCUGUAUAUAAUUUUUUAAACGUUUCUGAACGCUGUAAUCGUUUUUCCAGCGCCAGUAAACGACGUUCCGCUUGAGGAUACGUUUCUCCUAGCAUUUCGGGUGGCUGCUUGAGUGGCAUGCUAACACAGAACCUUCCUUCGCUGUCGCGCGUAGUGGUGCGAACGAAAUGCUCCUCGCAAGCCUUCUCCUCGUCAGACAAUGCGUCCUGAGUGGUAGGUACCUCCUCAAUCUCCCAGAACCGCCGUAAUAACGAAUCUGUUGUUUGCGUAAAAUUACAUUGGAUGUGGCCUUCAAUGCGUGCGUUUAAAUUGAUAGGACCUGCUACUACCCAUCCAAAUUCGGUAUUUAAUAAGUAGGGACCGUUACGUAAUUUUAUUUUUUCCAUCGUAAACAAAUCCCAGAACUUAUCACCACCUAUUAAGAUAUCGAAAUCUUUGUAAUCUAAAAAUUGCGGAUCUGCCAGUUGUAUAUUAUCUGGAAUAUCGAAUUUUGCGCAAUGUUUAUAUAAAACUGGCAUUGCUGUGUUUAUUUCCGAUAAAACAAAACAAUGCAAAUUUGUUGUGUAGGCAUUAAUGCGCGAUUUUACUUGGACAUUGCAGGUUUGCGUACACUGCGUCACAGUACGACCUACACCGCUUAUUUCGUGAGUGGACUGUACUAAUCGUGCGCCUAAUAAAUCACGUAAGGAUUCUUUUAUAAAACAUCGUUGCGAGCCAUCAUCAAGCAGAGCAACGACCGUAUGCGGUUUAUUAUUUUUAUCAAUCACGUCGAUAAGCGCAGUUGACAACAAGACCGGCUCCAAGAUCGGGUACUGCGAAGGAAUUCGCUGACAAUGCACAUUGACCGACACGGCGGCGGCCGAACUAGAUGCAGCUGCGGCCGAAGUGGAUGCAGCGGGGGUUGUGACGUCAGCGGGGGCAGGGACGCGAGCGCACUCAUCACUAGGAGGAUGGAUAAUUGAAUUAUGUUUAUUAUUACACUUGCGACACGGGCCGAAUACGCAUGACUCCACGGAAUGUCCCGCUCGGAGGCAGUUAGUGCAUAACUUGUUGUCGGCUACAAACUUAAGUUUAGAUUCGUAGUUAGUAUCGAGAAAUUUGACACAAGAAUAAAGUGGAUGAUUUAAGUUACACAUAGGACACGCGAAUUUUGAUUUGUGCUGUGAUUUUUGUGGUUUGCUGUUGGUAGAAACAUUGCAGUGUACUUUGUUAUUGUUGUAGUUGUGAGUGGAGCUAGGAGUGAUAUAUUUUUUGUUCACUUCGUGCUUAUCGCGUACACUCGUACUUUGUGAAUGUGAUGCCUGCAAUGUUUCUAACAUAUCAGCACGGUUUCGUAAAAAUUGCAAUAAAUCAUCCAAUUUAAUCUUCAUCUGAGUGUCGCCGCUCGUAAGGCUACUUUUAUGUUGUUCCCACUCGCGUUCAGUGGUUUUAUCGAGCUUUGACACUAAGAUGUAAAUAAUUAGGGUAUCCCAUGACGAUAUAGGUUCGCCUAGGACCUUCAAAGCGCGUAAAUUCUUUAGUGUUGUGUCAAUUAACUUUCGAAGAAGUAUGUGCGAUUCUUUAGGCAGCGACUGAAGCGUAAAUAGUGCCUUGACGUGAUUGUGGAUUAAUAACCUAUUGUUAUUGUAGCGAUUAAGAAGGAGCUCCCAUGCCACCGCGUAGUUACUUGACGUUAGUUCGAGCGCUUCUAUUACUAACAAAGCACUACCUGUCAGCGAUGACUUUAGGUAGUGGAACCUUUGGAUGUCACAGAGAUCCUUCGCAUUGUGAACUAGUGAUAAAUAAAUAUCUCUAAAAGCGAGCCAGUUUUCAUACGUGCCGUCGAAAGAGGGAAGUGAUAAAACUGGCAGUUUAAUUGCCUUCAUUGUUGUGUUUUGCGAAACAGUGGGACUUUGGCUUUCAGUACUAUUAAAUUUAUUUAGUAUAGACUCGGCGAGGGACUGCGCACUGAAAUAACUAUCCUCAAACUGAUCUCGUUGCGUUAACUGAUCAUCGAGAUUUGAUUCGUACACAUUCGCUUCUAUUUGAGUUUGAAUAUCGUUAAAUUCAGUGUACAGGCUCUCUGCUCCUUGUAUGCGUAAUUUUAAAUUUAUUCUACAAGGCUCAGUUAAAUCGUCUAAAUUAUCGCUACAGCUUUGAAUGUGGGUUGCGAACUUUGUGAGUCUAGCCUUUAUAAUGCCACGUUUUUUAACCAAUUCGCGAACGUGAGGUUCAAUCGCGGCGUCACAGAUGGCCCUAGAUGGCGAUUUAUCGCGUGAUUUACCAUCAUUUGGUACCACAAUAUCAUCUUUUCCCAUUUUGAUUAGGUUUAGUAUAGAAAGCUGGAGUACUCACGUGUGGACUUUGGACCCUGAUGCAACUCCGCGUUGUGUGGCUGCAAAAAGGAGUCCGAGGGUACCGGUCACGCAAUGAUUACUCGUCACAGGCUCACUGGAAUUGAUUAAGCACGGCAUUAAGCAACUGAAGACAAAGGGUUAGGUAUAGGGUGGCUGGAUGUCCGUACCGAAAUAUGCGCGUUUAAAAUCGUUGGAUGUCCAGUUCUCGUCCUAUAGGUAUCCGCAGUUUCCCAAAUUAGCGCGUCCUUGGGUGUCUUCGUGCUGCAUACGCGCCUUCCGUCCAAGAAGAAAUGUCGAUGUGCGCUUUCUCUUCCAAAGGUUCUGGUUCUCAAUGGCCUCUCAUUUCGUACUCGACGAUUGGCGAAGAAACCGUUGAUAGAUCCGGUUCGAAGGACCAAUAUGUUCGUGACUAGGCGCUGCGUAUUUUGAAAAUUCGACUUUUUCUUGGAUGGUGAAAUAAAAUCCGAAAUUUAACGUGCUUACUCUUAUAAUUCUAAAUGCUUAAUCUACGUGUACAUGAUUCGAGGAUAUUGGGGUAGAGGGGAACAAUAUGUCGUGACGUAGGGUGACGAAAGCGUAUCUCGGGCUCCGUAUUGGCCGCGAUAGGUAUCACGCGACAUACGCAACUGCGUCUCUCCGACAAGGCGACAAGAGAUGUCGCUGUGAGUCUCGUACGGAACAUGGCUUUUAUUUAACAGAAUGCCAUUGUUAGUACAGGUAAGUGAAAGAGCUCAGUAGAGAUAGCGUCAACUAUACUAUCACGACUUUAGCCACACUGUAGUGCCACAGUCAUGCAUGCUGUUUUGUCGUGUCGUGUCUAUACACUCAGCUCGAGCCAUACUCACCACUUAUCUCUGGAACUCAGAAUAAGUUACAAAUAAGCAUCAGCUAAUUACAAGCAAAAGGGACCAAAAUAUGUUAUUUGAUUUUAUUUACAAAACAACAUUUUACUUUUAUAACACACUUACAAUUUAAUACUACGAACAUAAUAUACAUUUCGAUUAAAAAUGAACAACAUUCUAGGCGGUUCUUAAUGUUAUAAAUGAUGUCGUAGUUUAUUAAUUUAUUAGCCAUACUUAUAUUUAUAAACAUACCAUAGGUUAAGUAUUAUUAUCUUUUAAAGAUUUAGAUAGUAUAGAAAAGAGUGAGCUUUAUGAAAAUAUUAUACCCGUAUUUUGUGUAGGUUUAUAUGUAACACAGUUGAUUGUAGUCAAUUUAUUUUACUUAAAAUGAAAUUGCGAAGCCAGCCAUUACCUGUACCUUGACCGGGAUACUUUUACCCGUGAUUUUAUUAUUUUAUUUCCAAAGCCCUAAAAUAAUAGGUAAUAUGUAGGCCUAGGCAUAAUAUUAUAAAUAAAUUAGGGUUACUGCCAAACAAAAGCUUCGAUAAAAAUAGUAUUAUGUAGUUGACAAUGACGAGUAUUUGGCAGUGAUAGAUAGCUAUCAGAAAAGUUUAGCAUAGGAACAUUUGAAUAUAGAAUAAUGAGAUUUUCUUUUCAGCAUUUAAAAUACGCAGAGCUUGAAUCACCGAAUUUAAAUCGAGUAUUAACUAAUUAUCGCCAAAAAUUGCCUUAAAUAUCUAUUCAUGUUAUUUGUGUGAUAAAAAAUGGAUCUUGGCGAUUUUGUUUAAGUGCCUACCUGAUACAAAUGAAUGUACCUACUACAUAGCUUUCAUAAUAAAUUAUCACGUUUUCAAGCUCUGAUGUAAGUGUGACACAGAUGAUUUAUAUGCAUAUGCCGCUAGGUGUCGUGCGGCGGGCGGGUCGGCUCGCGCAAGUGAGGGAGCACCCUUACCAACGCACAGCCUUACCGGCGCCUUAAUUCCCGCCAAAACGCUCUCACGCCGCCAUUUUGUUCACAAGGUGAGAAGCGCACCCACGCAUGCCGUGUACGACGAGUAUGCUUGCUUGUUACAAAUUGUGUUGACAGUAGACUUUAACUAUUGCUGUACUGUGGGAAUUGCCUACAUGCCCAUAGUAAAUUUUAUUACAACUAUUUAGGUACCUAACUCUAGAUGGAACGUCUUUUUUUUCUUUCUCUCAGUAAAACUUUGACAAGCAAUCAUAUUCUCAGUAAUAAAUGCGUGAGUGUAUUUGCUUUGUUGUCUGUGUCUCUUAUAAUAUUUGUUGUGUACUUAUUAGGUACGUUCUUAUUAUUAGUUCGUUUAUCCGUUAUCCGUCAUACCGGCUUCACACCGGGUUGAAGAGUCCCUGCAUAAUUUGGAAACUGUGAUUUUUAUAUUUCUUUUUAUAGAUUUUUAGAUCUGUUACAUGUUGUGUUGUACGACAUUAUUAUGAGUAUGCACAAGGCAUUAUAAUAAUGUAUUUUCUUUUAUUUUAAUGUAUGUUGUAAACAGCAGUAUUACCAAAUUUAUUAUACUCUUGUUGUUGUUUAUGAAUGCUGUUGUUGCAACCGACUACCACAACAUGUGAUUCUAAACAGUCAUGUGUCUAUACAUUACAUAUUGAUAAAUAAAGGAAAGGAGGAUUUAAUGUUGUACUCGUACAAAUGAAUAAUAUUUUAGUAGCCUUUUUGAAAUCUGAGUAGAUUGAUAAAUAUAGGUCAUGAGGUGCUACUCCGGGUUGUGAAAUCCUUCUUUCCUGAAUCUCGCCCAGUAUUAGUCAAAGGAAAGGGUAUUUUCAGAACCGUGCCAUCAGUCCAGUAUUAACAAAAUGCCCCUCCUUUGAUUUGACAGAUUCUUAAUCAUCACAACUUUCUUAGUCAAUUUAAGAUUUUUAUAUGAAAUUUUUAAAUUAGUUGUUUCUAUUUUGCCUAGGUAUUUUAGGAUAUAUUUUAUUUACUUUCUUAUUUUGAAAGUGGUUAUUAUUGCACUUGUGUCCUUGUGGAUCUAUGAGGCAUACAAAUGCCGUUAAUACGUAUUUUCAAGCUUCUUUUAUCAUAAAAUGAAUUUUAGAUCAGCAUAUUUUUCUGUAUUGAAGUGUAAUGUUUCUUUGUAAAAUAUUUGUUGCAGUUGUUGAUUGUAAAUAAAUGCAUUUUCAGAACGAAUACAUGCAAUAAAUUGUCUGAAAUUUUAAAUAAGCGUUUUCUUUAUUUUAGUUUAUAUAGGUCCGCGGUAAAAUUAUCUUAACGUGCUUUUGAUGAUAAGUCAAUAAAGUUGAUGACGUGCAAUCAUUUUGGUCAGUUGUAGCCUCACACGACUAACAUGCAACUCCACAAGGCCAAGUUCCCGUUUGUGAAAUAAUAAUAAAGUGCACUUUCAUAACUGCUACUGCCACUACUUGCAGAUUAUCUGUAACUAUAUAUUUAUUAUAUUAUAUGAGUAACUAACAUGCAAAUAUGUAACGAGAUUGAUAUGUUAUCGCAAAUUAUUAACAAUAUGAGAAUGCUACAUACGAUAUAUUGAGAUGUUACAGUGAUGUUUUAAAUAAUUACAUACUUGCAGUUGGGUGCUAUGGUUAUAUAAUACCUAAGUGGUAAAAUUUAUUACUUAUGCUUGUUUGAUUGAGUAAUGUUUGAUGCAGCGAUUGAAUUAAUUUCAUACUUCGGUUUCAAACAUUACUCUGUUGGGAACUAUUGGGCAUUUUAAUCCUAUAUUGUAGAAUUUACUCGUAUCAUUAUCAUACUAAAUUAAUUUAACAUUUCAACCAUUAACUGCGUAAACUAAUAGUACCUAUCCGAUGUAAUAUAAUUUUAUUAACAGGGCAAUAAUCGGAACUUAAUGUCGCGGCGCGAAUGCCUGAUAGACUCCCCUUGACAUUUUUAUCAGAUUACCUACAAUUUUAUUUAAAAAAAAAAACGGUACCUACACAAGUCAUUAUCAAUCCGAGUUAACGGUUUACCGCUUUUGUUGCAUAUCUGCAUGUCGAGGCGAUGCCUUCGAGCUUGUAAUACCAUAGAACUAUAAAGAUAAUUUAUCGAAUCGAGUUCACCUAUUAACAUCGCCCCAUUCGGUUUGCACAGUGCAACGUUAGCGUCCGUUGGACUCGGUAUUGGGGCUACUCUUGUAGUCGGACCAUGACAUUUCGAUCGAUACUAACAUUCUGUUUUUCUCUCUUCUCGUUAACCCGGCUAGGAGAGUGCUAACGGCGCAGAGGGACUAACCGGAGCCGCGGCCGGUGCUGCCGCCCUCGCCGCGUAACAUUAUCAUCGGAACAUCGACCACCAUGUAGCUAUAGCUGUUGGGCCUUUCACGUUAACAUAUACUAUGUAUUAUAAUAGUCUAACUAUUAACAUUUAUCUGCCUGUUAUGUUUAUAACAUGAUGAACUUUAUUAACAUUUUUAAAAUGGCACACGCCGUCGACUAUAUUUACUAUUUCUGUAACUUAAUUGUAAUUUUGUUGUCGCUUGAAUGUAUUGUUGUUUAAGCACGAUUUGUUUUAGGCUGCCCAGUACUUGCGGUGCUAAAUUUGUCGAAUGUCAAACCGAAGACGCCUCAGGUAUUGUGCAACUAAUGACUUACUUCUUUGCAUUUUACUAUAUACUUAUUUUUCGAAGACUGUCGCGUAUUUUGUAUUUUGAAACUAAUUUAGCACCGUAUAUUUUACUAUUGAAAUAAAGCUAUGACUCAGAAUCACACGGUACUUGUAUCUUGCAAUUAGAUAAUCUGAAGAAGAACUAGAAGAAUAAUAAUCGUAUUGUACCUAAGUAAUUAGUUACUUAGGUACAAUACCAUUAUUAUUCUUCUUUGGAAUAACAACGGAUAUCUACCAAUGGAGUGAAAUAUAGUUAUCUGUGCAACAAGAGAGGAAAGUUGGUUUUCCUUGCGAGUGUUUAUUUUGAGUCCCGAAAAACCGAAAGAUUCUAGAAUUGAAUCACGAGCGAAGCGAGUGAUACUAAGUUAGAAUCUUGAGCGUAGCGACGGACUUAAAAACACGAGAUGUAAAAUAACUUUGCUCUCGUGUUGCACAUAUAAUUUUUCACCUCAGUAGUGAGAACAUAUUAAAGGUUAAAAUGUAUUUCGAAUUACACAGAAUAAUACAGAGAAACAAAAAAAACGGAAUUUGUAAUAGAAGUAUGAAGUGGCAAUUCAUGGCCUUCACUAAAUUAAAAAGCUGCUUUGUUUCACUCCCUGGAGUGAGGAAAGUCGCAAUUUCCUCACUCCAGGGAGUGACGAAAGUAGGCUUGUUCGAGCUGCUGAGGUGAAAAAUAAAUUGAGAUUGCCAUUUUCUGCAGUCCAGCUGGGAUGGCACAAUCAAACUAGAUACAUGAUUUCAAUUGGCUAAUACAAAAGCUAAUGUAAGUACUAUCCGCUUAAAAUGCACCAAACAAUACUUUUGGUGUGACUACAUGGCGGGACAAACUCAUAUUUCACGUCAAAACUCUAAAGGUAAAUGAUGCUCUUGCUAGCGUUUAUUUUAAUACGUUUCAUUGCUUUGAAUUAUAAAUAUUAUAAUUAUUUAAAAUGUUGGACUGAUAUUCAAUUUAUAGUCUAAAAUGUUGGACUAAUAUGAUUUUCACAUGCUUAUUGACCUCAAAUUUUUGGCAACCAUACUAUAUCUAUCUUUAAAACCAAAGACUAAUAUUGUACUUGUAGCGAUUUUGACAAAUAUUUACUUAUUGAGAAAUCUAUAUAAAAAGACUUCCUUGUUAUAAUUAACCUAUUGGUCAAUAAGUAUAUGAAUCGAUGGUAUGACAUUUAUCUUCAGAGAUAUGCAUAGGAUUGUAUUUUAUAUAACAGUAGUGCUUAAAUAUUUAAAGAUAACCCGUUAUAUAUGCGCAUCCCAAGUGCCUUAGUUAAAUGUAUGUUCUUUGGGAUUAUAUAAAUAAAUGUUAUUCUAUAACUUAGUUAAGUUAGAGGAGAUUAAAUUAUUGUUAACUUUGCUAUGUUUAUCGUUAAUCUGCAGUUUUGGAUCUAGAAUUUAUUUAAAUAUAGUCGAGCGUCAUACUAGUGUUGGAAAGCAUAUAACUUAUCGACCUUAUCGUGCCUUUCUAAGCAUCUCCGAUAAGAAUCUCUUAUUUACCCGUUGAAGGAUUAAUCUCAAUUUUAUCAUACAGUUAAUACAUUUAUUCUUACCUUAUAAAUAUUAUAAAAAACUUAGCAGUUGCUGUAGCAAUAUUUUUCAAAAAAUAGUGCAAUAGAAAUGUUAUUUCUUCUUAAUAUUUUAUUAUUAAAAUCUCAAUUAUAAAUAUGUUGAGUAGAUAUUAUUUUAAAAAUAAUUCAUAGAGAUCUGAUACUGAGAUUACUACGAAUAAUGGAUUCGUCACUGACAAAAUCUUUCUUGAUGGUUAACAUAUCUCAAACGGCUAAUUUGGUUUAAAUAAAUUAUAAUAGCUAAAAUAUGAUAUAAAAAUACACUGAACCUCAAUCAAUAUACCUACCUUUUGCUUUUGAAGUUGUUAACACUCCGUCCAUGGAUACAUUAUUUUAAGUACUUAAUUCGUUGGUCUCGUGAAUAGUUAAGAGCGGAUCCGUAAAUGCGUUUCGAGAUCAUACAAUUGUGUUAACACUUGUUCUUAAUAAUAGUCGUACGUAUAUUAUAAAAUAGGUAUUUUCCUUCCCUAAGAAAAAAAAAAAACAGAAUAUAAAAAUAGGUGCAGAGGUAUAUUUUCAAAACAAUCAAAUUAAGCAUACUUACUACAUUUUCUUGUUCGUAACCUUUUUGAUAGAAUUUAUUGUAUCUGAGUGCCUUAUAAUGUGUACAAAAUACCACAGUUUAUACAAAUGACGCAUUUACCGUGAAAUUAUAUAAAUCAAUGCCAUAAACCGAUGGAACAUGGAAUAGGAAACGUAGCUAAAACAAAUAAGAUUAUUGAUCAAGUAAAGUAGAUAAUAUCGUACAAAGUAUAAAUAAUCGUUCUGCUUAUAGUUAGUUAUAGGUUAUUUAUUGUGUUUCAUUGCGAUAACAAUAUAAUUUGUUUCUUGAAACAUGUCUAGUGCCAUCAUCUGACGUCGGCGAAAGGGCUUCUACAUGUUAUUAUUUGUUUGUUUAAAUUUGUACUUAUUUUACCUACAUUAACGGCAAUUCACAAAUCAAGUGCCUUAGAUGAACUUUGUACAUAUUUAUGUAAUAAUUAUUUUUCAAUAAAGUAUUAUAACGAAAAAUAAUAAUUAUUUUAUACCUACAUAUAUACACUUAUGUAAUUGUUUUCCAAAAACAAAAUAAAGAAUACUUUUAUUACUUUUAGUUAAGUGAGAUUGUGCAUAUGUCUGUUUUGAUGUGUGUAAUAUUGAUUUGGCAUUAGUAAAUAUUUGGAUAAUGCA